AUGCCAUCAAUAGCGAAUGGUAAUACUAUAAAUACACAGACUCAAAGCACUCCAUCUUCGGCGAUAGCGAAUGUCAAUAUAAUUAAUGAUCCUAAACUUAAUCAAUAUGAUAUAGUUGAAAUUUCAAAAGAUAUAUUUCUGGGACUAUUUCCUGAUAUUAAUGAACAAGAUUUGAAUUAUCCUAUCCAUACCCCUGAAAAUACAUUCAUACUAGUCAAAUUAUUAGGUGCACCAGAUUUUUUUAAUAAGUUUCAAAUUUUAAAAAUUGAUAGAGUACUAUUCAAGCAAACAAAUUCAAUAAAUUUCAUAAAUAAUUCGAAUUUAGUCAAAUUUAAUAGUGACUCAUUAACGUUAAAUAAGGCUAUUGUAAAGCCUAUCGACAGUACCAAUAUACCUAAAUUAACACAAGUAUUUGUAUCUGCACCAAAUGAUAUAUAUCAUCUAUUAAAAGAUAAAUCUCAACAAUCCAUUAAACAAUUAUUUGUUACUCAAUUUUUAACUAGUAAUGGAAAUGUGGUUAAUGAAGGAGAUUGUAUAAGAGAGAUUAAUGGGAAAGUUAAAUUAUGUGAACCAUUAGCUCAAGGUUUGGUUGAUUUUGAUACAAACUUUGUUUUAAUCAAUCAAAAUGAGGAAUCAGUAAAUAUACUAGAUAAUUUGGAAACUGAAGAAAUAGAGAAUGAUCCAUUGGACUUAUCUUCAUAUCUAUCAUCCAGUUUACAAUUUGAUAAAGUUACAAUUCCAUCACCGAAAAAAUUCUUAGUCAAGCCAUUACCUGAAAAAAUGAAUGUAAAUGAUUUACCAGAAGAUUUGAAAAAAGAAGAUAGUGAAUUAUUCGUAUAUAUAAACAACUCGGAUUUUAUAAAAUUAGGUUUUCCCAUAUAUAAUGGUGACCUUGUUAAAAUCAAAACACCUUUAGAAUCAAUAAUUGUGAGAAUAUUUAAUUUUACCGAACCUCAAACAUCAUUUAAAAAUGGUUCAGUUUAUAUAUCACCAAUACUAUUGGUAAACUUAAAUUUACAAAAAGACACUCAAGUUGAAUUUGAAAGAGUUGAGGAAAGUACGACAUUAACGUCAUUAAUUCCCAUAGCAGAAUCAGCAACAAUUUCUAGAAUAAGUUCACAAAUUACAAUGGACAAAACCUAUCAAGCAAAUUUUUUUUCAAGUUUAAAAACAAAACUCAGUGAUCAAUUGAAAUGUGUCAAACAAGGAGAUUAUUUUCCUGUUGUUAUUGACACUGUAUUAUCUAAAGUUAUGUUUGAUAAUUCAAACGACGAUAAUCAAGAAAAUGAAAGUACAAAUGAACAUAAUAAUGAAGUUAUACCAGAAGGUAAUCCAGACGCAGUUGCUUGGUUCAAGAUUACUGAAGUGAAAGGUAUAAAUGAAAUUGGAACAAAUCAGUUUCUCAUAGAUCCAGCAAAGACAUUACUUGUAUCUUCAGGUGUUGAAAGUACAAAACUACCAAUGAACACAUAUACUAGAUGGUAUCAAUAUUUGAAUUUACCUCCUAUUUUCAAUUAUUCGGGGAACAUCAAAAAUUUCAAAUAUGCUCAAGAAUUUUCCAACAUUCUCAAAACUUGUACAACCUCAAAACUUAAUCUAAGAACAAGUAUUUUACUAACGUCAAUGAGUAGAGGUAUUGGAAAGACUACCCUUGUAAGAAGCACAUGUAUAGACAUGGGUUUAAAUCUAAUUGAACUUGAUUGUUUUGACUUUAUAAACCCUGGUCAAGAAUUAAAAACCAUUGGGUUAUUGAGUGGGAAAAUAGAUAAAUAUAUUUCAAAUGUAGAAUCAAAUAAUGCAUUUCAUGUCAUUUAUUUAAAACAUAUUGAAAAUUUAUGUCCCAAAACAGAUGAAAAUGAUCAAAAUUCAAGUAUAUUCACUUCAUUAUCUUUGAAAAUAAUUCAAUUGAUCAACGACUAUUUAGAAAAUUAUUCAAAUUUAGCAUUUGUUAUGAGUUGUAAUGAUUAUGAUAAAUUAAAUGAUAAUUUGAAAUCAAUUAUAAAAUUUAAUAUUGAAUUCACUGUACCUACCGAAAAUGAAAGAUUAGAUAUUUUUAAAUACCUUAUAGAAAAUGAGAAAUUCAAAACACCAUCAAAUGAAUGGACAUCAUAUCCAUUUGUGAUAAGAAAAGACAUCAAUUAUAAAACAUUAGCAUUACAAUCAGCAGGUUUAACCCCGAGAGAUUUAAUAUCAAUAAUUAAAAAGUCUAAAAAAUUAGCAAUAAAAAGGUUACUUAAAUUAUCUAAAUCAAUCAAUAUAUCAUUGGAUAAUUUAAUCAACAUUGGUAAUGGAGGUAUAAUUACAUGGAUUCCUGAAGAUUUUGAAUUAGCAAUUAAUGAAGCAAGAAAUCAAUUCAGUGAUUCAAUAGGUGCACCAAGAAUUCCAAAUGUUAAAUGGGAAGAUAUUGGUGGAUUAGAUUUAGUGAAAGAUGAAAUUUUAGAUACAAUAGAUAUGCCAUUAAAACAUCCAGAAUUAUUUAAUAAUGGUUUAAAAAAAAGAAGUGGUAUUUUAUUUUAUGGACCUCCUGGUACAGGUAAAACAUUAUUAGCUAAAGCUAUUGCAACAAAUUUUUCAUUGAAUUUUUUUUCAGUUAAAGGUCCUGAAUUAUUAAAUAUGUAUAUUGGUGAAUCUGAAGCUAAUGUACGUAGAGUAUUUCAAAGAGCUAGAGAUGCUAAACCAUGUGUUAUAUUUUUUGAUGAAUUAGAUUCAGUUGCUCCAAAAAGAGGUAAUCAAGGUGAUUCAGGUGGUGUUAUGGAUAGAAUUGUUUCACAAUUAUUAGCUGAAUUAGAUGGUAUGAGUAGUGAAGGUGGUGAUGGAGUUUUCGUUGUAGGUGCAACAAACAGACCUGAUUUAUUAGAUGAAGCAUUAUUAAGACCUGGUAGAUUUGAUAAAAUGUUAUAUUUAGGAAUUUCAGAUACAAAUGAAAAACAAACUAAAAUAUUGGAAGCAUUAACAAGAAAAUUUAAAUUAGAUGAUAAUGUAAAUUUGGAAGAAAUUGCAGAAAGAUGUACUUUUACAUAUACUGGUGCUGAUUUUUAUGCAAUUUGUUCAGAUUCAAUGUUAAAUGCAAUGACAAGAGUUGCUAAUGAAGUAGAUGAAAAAAUAAAGAAGUAUAAUGAACAAAUGGUUCUUGAAGGCAAACAAAAAGUAAAUUCAAGAUGGUGGUUUGAUAAUGUAGCUACAAAAGAUGAUAUAAAUGUUUUAGUUAAAAUGGAAGAUUUUAUAAAAGCUCAAACACAAUUAAAUCCAUCUGUAUCUGCUGAAGAAUUACAACACUAUUUAAGAGUUAGGGAAAAUUUCGAAGGAGGUAAAGCUCAAGCUCAAGAAAAAAAUAAAGAAGAAUUGAAUGGAUUAGUCAAUGGAAAUGGUCAUUAA